UUAUGCGCUUGCCUUCACCUUAAAAUGGAAUGGUGAACAAGCCUAGCGUGGGCACGCUGCACUGCAGCUCGGGCAAUGCUGACAGUAGUAUUAGCACUGAUCUUGAAAUAUCUUUAUUUGUUCCAAAGGGUCCUCAGGCACAAGUGACUCAGGUAGCAUUAUAUAAACACAAGGCAAAUGAAAGCAAUAUUGUUGUAUUAUAUGCAGUGAAAGACCUACCCUUUAUCAUCUGCAAUGAGGAAUGGUGAACAAAGUUACUCUAAACUCAUGUUCAGUUAUUAAAAACCAUAGAAACACUAAAGGUUAGCUCUGCAGUCCCUGUGUUUGUAGAAUUAGGACUUCAGUUAGACAAGAAUUCCAAACCAAAGCUACUGUUAGAAAGGUGGGUCAUGAACGGACACGGCAGAGGAGAAAUGAAGAACUUUUGGAAGGAUUGGGUUAUACUGAAAGUCUUGUAGGCUUGCAUGUAGCCACAAAACUCUAAUUUGCAGAAGAUAUCACUGAAUCACAGAGAAGCUGUGAGGUCAGCACUGCAACAGAUGGUGAAAUCUGAGGGAUAAGUGAAAGAGCAAAUAAAACAGCUUUGGAGUUGUUGAUGGGAGAGAACUCAAAUUAUAGGUGGAGGUUAUGCUUCAGUAUAUACAAAAAUCUUGAAACUUUUAUCCUGAAACACAGAUAUUUUUGGUGUCAGGUACUGUGGUGGUAUAAAGACAGGUGUUGAGGAAGAGUUGCCAUGUCUAGAGGAACUGUGAGGGGAAAUACAGCUGUAGUUGUCACUGCAAAAAGCACUUGAGCUUUUCAGUAAGCACCUGCAUGACAUUUCCUCUGUGUUAGCGGUUCAGGGAGUUAAUUUAAGGUUGUUUUAGAGGAGAUUGACUAUGUCACAUCUAUAGUAUCUGUAGUUUCAUUAUCAAGUCUGCUGCCCAGAGCUUAGCAGCUAGCAAUUCCACUCAAUUUGUGGUUUGCUGCAAGCUUAGCACUCACUACAAGCGCUGCCAUAGAAUUAAAUGAAAAGUUUAGUAAGAGUAAUACAUUGACAAAUCAAUUUUUUUUCUGUUUCAAGUGAUUUCUGUGAACAUCCAUAGAGGAAUAGAAGGAUUUGAAAGCUACGUUCUAGAGAAAUCUGCAUAGUUUUUGCUACACAGAGAAAUGCUGAAAUUUCAAGAAACUGCUAAGCGUGUCACUGUUGCCAGAUUUAACUCCGCUUGCCAAGAUGCAGUGAUUGCAAGAAGAUACACUAUUCAGAGGAAACUUGGCAAUGGGAGCUUUGGAAGCGUGUAUUUGGUUUCUGACAGAAAAGCAAAACAAGGAGAAGAAUUAAAGGUCCUAAAGGAAAUCUCAAUUGGAGACCUAAAACCUAAUGAAACAGUUGAAGCAAAUCUGGAAGCACAAUUACUCUCCAAAUUAGACCAUCCAGCCAUUGUCAAAUUUUAUGCAAGCUUUGUGGAGCGAGAUAGUUUCUGCAUCAUCACUGAAUAUUGUGAGGGUGGAGAUCUAGACUUCAAAAUUCAAGAGUACAAAGAUUCUGGGAAGACAUUCACUCAAAGUCAAGUAAUAGACUGGUUUAUACAGUUGUUACUCGGAGUCAACUAUAUGCAUGAAAGACGGAUACUUCACAGGGAUUUGAAAGCGAAGAAUAUAUUUUUGAAAGAUAAUCUUCUUAAAAUUGGAGACUUUGGAGUUUCUUGUCUUUUGAUGGGUUCAUGUGAUCUGGCAACCACAUUUACUGGGACACUACACUACAUGAGUCCAGAAGUAGUGAAGCACCAGGGAUAUAACACAAAAUCUGAUAUUUGGUCUCUGGGAUGCAUUUUGUAUGAGAUGUGCUGUAUGAACCAUGCAUUUACUGGACAGAAUUUUUUGUCUGUUGUGAUAAAAAUUGUGGAAGGUGAUACACCUUCUCUUCCUGAUAGAUAUCCAAGCAAACUGAAUGCUCUGCUCUGCAGCAUGUUAAAUAAGAAUCCUUCUUUGAGACCAGCAGCAGCUGAGAUCCUAAAGACCCCUUAUAUUGAUGAACAACUAAAGAAAAUACAGUUUGAGUUCACAAAUAUGACUGUGAAAGAAAAGGCAUUUAACUGGCAGAAAGAUACUGCUCCCGUUUUUGAUGCUGUGCGGAGGAAAGUUCAUUUGCAAACUCUGCAGGAACUGUCUGAAGUGCAGAAAAUGACACCACGGGAACGAAUGCGACUGAGAAAGUUAAAUGCUGCAGAUGAGAAAGCAAAGAAGUUGAAACAGCUGGCAGAAGAAAAAUAUCAAGAAAAUGUCAAAAGAAUGCAAGAUUUCAGGUCCCGUAAUUUUCAGCAGCUGAAUGUCAACAUCCUACAUGAAUCCCACGAGCAGACUUCAAAACACCUCAUUCAUUCUCAGCCAGUCGUUACAUGUGACUACGUGUCCAUAGGACAUGAUGAACCACCUGGAAAUGAGACAAGUGAACUCUGCGUGUCUGAAGCUACAGACCACGAGAUCCCUGAAGACCCAGAAAUUGCAGAAGAAUAUUAUAAAGAUGAGUUUGAAUCCUGUUCAGAAGACAGUGAGGAGGAAGAAGAUGCAGAAGCAUCACAGACUAUCUCUAAGACAAAUCACCAGAACAGUGAUAUCGAGGCAAUGGUUAAGUAUUUGGAGGGUGUCCUGAAUAACAGCUCAUUGGGCUCGAGGACUGUCACCGGAGUGUCUCCAGGGACACCCCAGGGAUUCAGAGCUCUCAACAGUACUAUGGCUGAGACCAAACUGAAACGCAUGAGGGAAUCUGCCAUUGGGAAGCUGGGAGUGGAUGUAUUCGAGGCUGUGUACAGCUAUCUCAGGCAAGCGAGGCAGCAGAAUGCCAGCGAGGAGGAGAUCAGGAGCUGUUUGGAGAAACUGGUUUCUAGAGCCAGCGAUUGCUUUGAGGUGGAUCAGCUCCUGUACUUCGAGGAACAGCUACAGGCUUCAGAACCUCAUCUGCAGCUGUAACAGGUGUGGCAGUAACAGCGCUGGAAACGGCAAGGAGCGGGGAAGGUGCUUGGCUGUUCUGCAGGCAAAU